GUAAUUCUUUCAAUUUUCAUUUAACUCUGUCCAGAAUAAAUGAAUAAUUUUCUGUGUGAAUUUAAGAAAAAUGUCUACGCGAUGGUAUCCCUUAUACAAACGCGGGAAUCCACAGCUGCGCGUGUUUAUGCCGAAUUUCUGGAUGAAGCUGGUCAACCUAGAGAAGAUAACUGUGCCCAGCAAUAAGGUUAAUUUUAUAAUUUCUCGUGAGAUGACAAAAUACGAUGUUAAGAACUAUUUGGAACAAAUUUAUAAGGUUCCAGUUCUAGAUGUUCGAACAUUAAACCAGAUGGGUAAGGUUCGCCCUAAUCCCUUUAAUAAAGGUCAGCUGAUAAAGGAUCCGGAUACUAGGUUUGCCUUCGUCACCCUCGCCCCCGGGACUAAAUUUGAGUUUCCUGAUCUCAAGAUUGAUAAACAGAAUGAGCAGAUGGAGACUAGUAAUGAGGAGGUGGAGAGCAGUAAACAAGAAUUUAAAAAAUCAGUUCACGCUUCCGGUCAAAAAUAUAGACCCGGGGUUCCAACAUUUUUUGGUUUGUAACAAGUAGAAAUAAAAAUGAUAACUUUA